GAACGGACUUGCCCGCAGCGCACGGACCCAUCUUUUCCAACACCUUGUUCGCAUCGUCGUACAUCCACUCGCCGGCGCCACCUGCCAGGCGGACAUUCGCUUCCCACUCCGCCGUCGACUUUUCCGCCCCCCACGCCUAUCCCGCGCGCACGCCUUGGGCCGCUGGCUGGGACUCGACGGACAGCUUCGAUCUCGCAGAGCCGGAAGACGACGACGCCGCAGUGCAUGUCCGGCUGGGCGACUUUCGGUCGAGAGCAAAGCUGACCUGCCAGAGUGUCCUGUCGUUGGGCAAGAAGACGGUCGCACGCCGGCUCCGGAAGGGAUCCCGCGCAGAAGGCAUGCAGUCUGAAGUGUGGACAACUUCUUACUCUACAGAAAUCUUUGACAUGUCCGCCCCACCGCCCGUCCCCGCCCGCUCGCGACUACGCGAUGCUGCGCCUCCCAAAAUCGAUACCUCUCGCGAUGCCCGCGAUGCCUCUUCACGCCUCAACGCUGGCAACCACAACGACAACGCUAGCACCCCAGCUACACCUUCCACCCCCGACCUUCGCGUCCCCACCAUGCCCACCUCUUCAUCUUCGCCUCUAUCUCCUUACUACCGCAAAGCCUCUCUCCAAGUCGAUUCUGUCAAUCCACCAACGACCCCUCGUCUGAAUUCACCUUCUACACCGUCUUUUACUAUUGGCCCUUCGUCACUCGCUUCGCCUUCCAGCGGCCCCUUGUCUUCGUUCGGGAGAAAGAGGCAGUCCAAGGUGAUGGAGAAAGAUCCUAGAGAUCCUUAUAAAGUGAAAGACGGUGCCCUGAAGAAGAAGGCCAGUAGUGGUAUAUAUACUCCUCCCACGUUCCCUGGACCAAGCGGCCACCACCUGCCUCUCCCGCAACAAUCCACUAGCACACUCUACACCCCAUCCCACUCCCACAUUCUUGACGCACCAGGCCAAAGCGCGGGCUUGGGUCUAGGCCCCAUGUCCCCAUCCCAAUCCUCGUCCACCCGAUCCUCCGCUUCCGACCACUCGGACUCUACAGCCCCUCCGCGCACACCUAUAAGCCCCACCAACCGAUUCGGCAAAACGUUCUCUAGCAAUGUAAGGCGGCUGUCGAGUAUGGCCGCCUUGUCCGGGAUGACUAGUCCAAGCAGGGAAAGAGAAGAGGAAAGAGAACGGGAGGAGCAGAGGAUGAAGGGUAGGGGAAGUGAGGGUGCGAGUAUAGCUGGGAGCGGGAGCUGGAACUGGAGCGACGGGCGGAGCAGAAAAGGGAGCGCGCACUCGCAUUCAUACUCGCAUACAUUCUCGUAUUACCCCUCGGGAACACCAUCCCUCGAGUCGGGCUCGAGUUGUGAUCCACAUUCAAGCUUGGAGCAUUAUGCGAACCCUCAACCUCUCGUUGCUUCCCCCGCUUCCGUCUCCGCCCUCACACCCGUCCCCCCACCCACACCCACCCCCGCCCACUUUUACACGCCGUCUUCACCCUCAUCUCCACCGUCAACCGCUUCCCUUGGUAUACAUUACAGUGUAGAGGAAGAACCGGGAGAUGGGGUAGAAGGCGCGGAAAACAAGGUACCAAGACCGAGCCCGCGGACAAAGGGCCGGAGAAAACCUGUACCGAGAUUGUUGGAGGACGAGGAUAGGAAUCUAGUGGACAGGAUGGACGGUUUGCAUGUGGGGUUGUGAUGAAAGGGAAAAAAAGUCGACAUGAUGGACGUUUAUCGGAGGAGGAUGUUGUCUGUGAUUCAAAACCAAAAAUCGAAGCGUUUGCUUAUCAUUUGUGAAGACUGUUCGAAAGUAUAGUGUUGUACUCUCCCCAUGUCUAUCAAAAUUCCUCUUCUUAUCCAUGGUCUCCUUCGUUGCUUACUAUAUUAUUGCUUUCGUUUAUCAUAUGCCAUACGUUCUAUAGUUACAUCCCCACCUCACCUUUGUAUGCAAGCACAGCACCAUUGCCUUUUU